AUGCAUUCUCAUCAUCACCAAGCUCCACAUCAUCAUCACAGGCGGAAAAAACAUUCUUCAUUGUCUUCAUCCAAUUCUUCUCUGUCCUUUCAUCAAACUGAAUUUGAUUUUACGAACAAUGCUGUAGCUGAUGAAUACGAAUAUCAAAACCCUUCCGAUAACUAUGACUUUGCAUUGAGAAAGGCGAAAACGCAAGUUUCAUCCUAUCAUGAUCCAGAGAGCUCAAGAAUGGAUCAGGACCCAGCUCUGUAUUCUCCAUCUCUGUCCUACUCCUCUGUGAGCAGCGGAAGAAGUUCUUUAUAUUCUGACACUUCAAAACGAAAGAAUGUUCUCGAUGAAUUAUCCGAGGAAGAUUUGAAAAAAAAGAUGUACAAAAAGUACAAAGACAAGGGAGUUAUUGGAUUGUUGAAAACUCAAUUAAGGUCAAUGAUUUAUGAGGACUUGACAAAAAAAAAUCACCCACUUAAGGAGGCAUCCAUCACAGUUUUCGGAAAUAGACCAGAAUUACAGAGAGCAUGUGAACGACUGGUUCUUGAUCACUUGAAAAAAAAUGGCUAUUCAUUUACUGCCAGUGUUUUCACUUCAGAGGCUAAUUUGCAGGAUUUAACAAAAAAUUCAGAAUAUGAUGUUUAUCAUUCGAUUGGAAUUCGAGUUUAUAACACGGAUAUAGUGAAAGAAAAUGAUAUUGCUGACAUUAUGGAUCAAGAUCCCAACAAUUUUCUCACAAAAACACUUUCGGAAAUGUAUUAUAGCCCAUCUUGGAAAGGUGAGAGCGCUCUAGUUAAAUUUUUGACGAUACUUAAACAAAUUGCAAAUCGAAAAACAAGGAAUGAAUCAUGUCAAACAGAAGAGAAAGAAGAGUUUCCAAUGGAAACCAAAUUAAAAAUGAUUGACGCAGAAUAUGAAGCAGAAAUGGAGAGUGAUAAAAGGAAUCAAUCACAAACUCUAGAACAAAAGUAUUUGGAAUAUCAGCGUGAAUGUGAAAGGAGAGCAAACGAAGAGUUAAAAGCUCGUCUAAAAAUGUUCGAAGAAACGACUAUAAGCGCCAUGAGAUUGGAAGAGAGUGCAAAAUAUCGCGAACGAUUGGCUAGAGAGCUUGAAGAAAUGGAAAAGGCGCACAUGAGAAAAAUGGAGAGAGCCACCGAGAGAGAACGAGAAAUUGCAGAUCGUCUAGAAAAGAAAGAAAAAGAAAUUGAAAAGCUGUCUUACGAGCACCGACAGAAAAUGUUCAAAGAAAUGGAGGAAAUUCAAAGAAAAAAUCAAGCCAUUGCGAGAGAGCGACAAUUACUUGAAAUGAAGAAGGCAGAGAUUGAUGAUAAAGCCAGAAGACUGGACGUUCUCGCAUCACAAACAUCAAUGGACAUGAAGUCAGAAUUGUCGCUCAUGAGGGCAAAUUUAGAGAGAGAAAAUAUUACCAAGGUCCAGAAACUUGAAGAAGAAAAAAGAAGACUUGAUUUAGAAAAAGAGAAAUUGUCUGAAAUGAUGAAAAAACAUAGCGACGCCUCUCACUUAGAGGAGACAAUCAAACAGUACCAACAUUCUCUCGACAUUGUUAAAAGUGAAUUACAUGAGUCCAGAAAGCGAAUACGAGAUUUAGAGGAAAUGAACGACCAAAUGAGAAUGCAACUUUCUCUAGUUAAGGAAUCUAACAAUGAUAUCAAGCCUGUCACUACAAGCAUUGAUGUGCCUUGUGACAGCUUAAUUCAACGAGAAAAUGAGGAUCUUAGAAAUCAACUCAAGCACAAGGAAAUUGCUUUUAAUUCUCUCCAAGACAAGAUGUUAAUGUUAGAACGCAGCGAAAAACAUUUAAAAACCACUCUAGAAGAGAAUGAAAGAGAAAAGAAAAAGUUGAUCGAGGAUUUCAAACGAGAGUUGCUGGAAGAAAAACAAAAAACAAAGAAAUACUUGAUGCAUUGGCAAAACACUGAACGCAAUGCCAUGGUUGAAAAACUACAGAAAGAGAGAGUCCGAACAGAACGAAUGCAACGGGAUUUGGAAGAGCAAUAUCUUCAAAACAGAACUCUGCAACAUGAAAUUGAUCGUUUAAGAAAUUUGUUGGAAUUACCUCGAGUAUCUAGUGCUGACGCAUCCAAGUUUGGAGACCUUUCACAACUUGGAAAACCAAUUGAUAUUGCAUACCCUAGCUCACUACGAGACGACAAUAUUUAUGAACGAUUAUCACUAAAUGAAUACCCUCCCAUCUCCAUUCAUGACAAACUCAAAGAAAUUGACAAGAUGGGAAUGUCUCUCAAUAGAGAUUUUAAUUUGGAUUCUGUCACUGCUAACACUCAAAAGAAUAGGCCAGAAAUGAACAAUAACAACACCACUGGCUUCACACCUUCCAUGCUUUUGGAUGAUGUGUCGAGUAGUUUGGAUGAUUCCUUCCUGAAAACAUUUGAUUCCAAAACUCAGCUUAGAAAUUCUGUUUUCGUUGGAGGAGGUACUAUGAGUGGUGAUGGCCACCGUCAUCCUGCAAGUGAACAAGCUCUAAUUCCUCACUCUCUUGAAAAGCAAUACAACCAGAAGGGACUCUAUGAUACCACAGAUGGAGCAAGGACAACGUUGCUAGACUCAUCUCCACUUGUCUACCGGGGUGUGGAUUCUGUGGAUAUUCAAGCGCAACGUACGACGUUGGAGGAACCUCGUAACAAUACUUUAUCUCUUCAGGAUGUUAAUUCGGAAACAGUAAUGAAUAGCACUUCCGUAGUGAUUAAGGCAAAAGAAGUUCUAUCGAAUAGCACCACUAACAUGGACCGAGUUCAUUACAACGAUCAAGAAAUAAGAGCAUCCAGUACAGUGAUGAAUAAUCCAAUGUCACUGCAAGGAGAGACCUACUCUGUGAACGAGGAUAUGAAAAGGAAUGCGUCUUCAACAGAUAGAACGAACUCACUUUUGGGUGAAGUGAAACCCAUGAAUAGUUAUAUGCAACAAGAUCAACAGCUAUCAACAAGUGAAAACGCUCGGCCGGUUAUGGUUGAUGGAACAAAGUCUUUGGAAGAGACAAGGACUAUCAACCACGUGCAACCAGUCCAUCAUGAGAAUUCACAACCAGUUUCUAAAACAACAAAUACCAAUUCAGCAACUACAGCCCAAUUAAAUUCAACUGCUGUUGUUGUUGAUGAGAACAACAAUUACCAUCGAAUUGAGGAACAUCAAGCAUCUAUGAGGGAAGAAGAGCAAGACACGACCAUAGAAACUUCUCAUCAAGUCCCAUGGAAUCAAGAUGCGCUCGAUGAGGUUGAUUCAAAUACGGUUCAACAUGAGGAAGAAGAACAACAUAUUCAGCACUCGUCAGUUGAAGCUCAUCAAGCACUGGAAGAAGAAGAACUACAGGAUCAGCACGUCAAUGACCCCAUUGUUACAAGUAACGAUCAACAAGUGUACGAUCAUUUUGGAGUGGGCGAAGACGAUGAUUUAUUGAAUACUACUCAUUCUGAAGGUUGGAAAUCAGAUACUUCUGGAUUCAGCGCUGGAGGUUUUAAUGACGAUGAUUUGGACAUUGAAGAUCAAUUGUAUGCUAAGAGCGAAUAUGACGACUUUUAA